UGAACAUUCAUCACAAAGAUCCUUCCUCGAGAUCUCUGCCAACAAAAUCUUCAAAUCUAAUUGGUGAAUCCCUAAUUCAAGGAGGAAGCAAAGAAGCAAUUGGUUCAGAGACAGCGUACGAAUCAGAGAUGUCGAACGGUACGGAACAGGCGCGUAAGCGUGCGGCGCCAGGGGGAGACAACAAUUGGUUGCCACCUGGUUGGAGAGUCGAAGACAAGGUUCGAACCUCCGGUGCUACAGCUGGUUCCGUUGAUAAGUACUAUUACGAACCAAUCACAGGACGUAAGUUUCGAUCAAGGACCGAAGUGUUGUACUAUUUGGAACAUGGGACUUGUAAGAAAGGAAGCAAGAAACAAGACAACACUGAUUCCAGUUCAGACCAUGUUGAAGGGCAAGGAAGCAAUAAAUCCAGCAAAAAAGCUAAAGAGCAGCAGCCAAUACCUCCGCGGCCGCGAUCGCCGCCUUUGAAGUUUGAUUUUGAGAAUCCGCCUGAGAAGGUAAGCUGGUCUAUGGCAAACGCAGGGGAAGAAGUUUGGACACCUUUUGUUGGGGAUAACAAGGUUCAAGAUUCAUUGAGACGAGAAUGGUGCACUGCGUUUACUGUUAUUACGACCAAGAACCCAACUAAACUGUCAUCGUUGAGACGUUGAUAGACAGACAAGGUGGCGUUUAUUUUUGAUUGUUGCGUCUGUUGUAACAUAAACAGGGGUGGUAGUUAUUUAACUGGGAGGUGGUGGCUUAGUUUUGACAUGAUUUAAGUUAGUUGUACUUUAAUUUUCCUAGCGUGUUUUUUGGAGGAAUGUGCUAAUAAGCUACACAUAUCUGCGUUUGCAUUUGACACAUUAUGGACAUCGCUUUUUUAACUGAUAAAAAUGAAGACUCUUGUGUAGUGA